AUGUCGUCGAACAUUGACCGGCAGAUGCUGAAGCAGUGCCGCGAAUACAUACUACAAGAAGACUGGGAGAGCGCAUUAUCCAAAGCGAACAGUAUCCUUGAGUUCCAUGCCACCAACUAUCAUGCCCUCGUCUUUAAAGGCCUGGCCCUUUUGCAUAUGAAAAAGAAUGUCGAGUCCGAGAAGACCUACAUACAAGCGUGCAAGCUCGACCCAAACGCGCCACUUGCAUGGCAGGGUCUAGAAAAAUCGUAUGAGAUGCAGAAAAACUGGCCUAAGCUUAUGCAGCUGUACGAAGAUUGGGCUGAUGCGGCAUGUGCUCAAAGCCAUACCGACGUCUGUGCUACGGCCCUGUCUAAAUGGGUGCGCAUUGUGCGCGAACAUGGCACACCCGCGGAGAUCAUCCAUGCUUUGCGCCAGUUUUUACCGACGUCGAAAUACUAUGCGCUGCUAUACACGCUCCCUGCACCGGAUCAAUCUGCGCCAUUCUCGACGCCGUAUUUUGAGGCUCAAAUGCUGGUGCACGGCCACAGUCUUGCGAAUUCGUAUGAAUUACUACAAAGGUGUUUAGAUCAUGAUGACAAGGUGAUCGAAAGCACGUUUGAGGCCCAGAAAAACUCCAUUCACGCCGUGAAGGGUGGAAUCGAUGCGCUCAGGGACCAUGUAUAUGUACAAACCAUGCAAAAAUCGCUUGUGCCUGAGCUGUAUGAAUACAUUCUCUCGCAUCCAUACACCGAUGAUGCGACGCGGCGCAGGAUUCAAUCGAAGCAGCUGCAGCUCUACGAGAACCUUGCGUGCCGAAUACCAAAGCGUGGACCGUACGCAGACCAGGACUUGCGCGAGGAAAUGCAAGGCAAGGCCAAGGCUUUGGCGCAUGACCUUGUUUUGCUCCGCAUUCCGAAUGAAACAGCAUGGCACAUUGAGCUAGAAUGGAGUGACUAUGCACUUUCUGACCUUCCAUUCGAGACCUUGAGGACAUACCUGUCUGUAUUCCCCGAGGACGCCGCCUAUGUGCCCACGAUUCGUGCCAUACUGAGUCUCGUUCGCGACCCCGCGUUCCUGCGAGAUUCUCAGCCAGCGGAAGACCUGCUGCAGCUGGCCUUGUUGGGCGUGACGAAGAACAAGCCAUCGGUCCUGGCCCUGCGUAUCGCGACGCUCCUGUAUCUACAAGACCGCGACUACGAAACGGCGCUUCAAUACCUGCAGCGUACGGAUGCGCGCCUACGCAGGCUCUGUAAAAGCACGGGCUGCCAUUGCAAGCGUGUAAGCGACGACUUGUCAGCGCAGUACGCUGUUGUAUUCGCCUAUUAUCAAGCGCCUACGCACCAUAAGGCGGCGAUCAAGCAUGCCAAGCAUGCCCUGCUCUCCGCUACGGCGCAUCAAGCCGAUAUUUUGUUGGCCCGCGCCUACGUCCACGGCAGCGCAGGAGAAUGGGAGAAAGCUCGGGACGAUUAUGCACAGGCCAAGCAUUGUCCCCUGGGGCCCACGCAUGUCGAUGGCCGAGAUAUUUCGGCCCUCUGGCUCAACGCCGACGUGCAUGCUGAAGCUGAAGCUGGUUACGCUCAGGCGCUGUAUGAGUUGGGCGACUUGGAUGCCGCUCAGCACGCGUUCGAGUCUCUGCUCGCGCAGCACGACGAGGCUGCACAUCCGCUGGGUCAUGCGUUUCGUUCGCGGCUGUGGCAUGGCUAUGGUCAGUGCUUGUGGGCGCGCGGUGGUGAGUAUCGGACGCUGCCAGAGCAUGCUUUCCGCUGCUUCUUCCAGAGUAUUGAGCUGUGUCCGACCUAUGCACCCGCGUUUACGUCGCUCGGCAUUUUCUUCCAGGAAGCGGCUUCACCGCCUGAUAUGUCGCGUGCGUGCAAGAGUCUGCAGCGAGCGAUUGAGCUUGACAUGCACGAGUACGAAGCGGCGAGGCGCCUACUCGAGCACUAUGCGAAUGAAAAAGCCUGGGAUGUCGUGCAUACGAUUGCUCGGCGAGUCAUCAUAGCCGAGUGCGGUGUGGACAUCGUGCAAGGCUCUAUAUCGGGCCUACAGCUGACGACGCAUCCGUGGGCAUGGCAGGCAGCGGGCAUGAUGGCGCUUAUGCAGCGUCGGGCGGAGACGGCUGUGGCUGCCUUCCAGGUCUGGAUCCGUGCUGAGCCAACGGAUUCCGAUGCAUGGAUUAGUCUGGGUGAGGCGUAUGUCGAGUCGGGGCGUUCGGUGGCCGGCCUGAAGGCAUAUGCACGCGCACGGGCGCUGCAUGACGAGCAGGAAACGUGGUACAUUGACUUUCUGAUUGCCGAUGCACAGAGGCGGUUGGGACGCUACGAGCUGACUAUCAAGCUGCUGGAAGGCAUUCUAGAAGACCGACCAACCCAGGUCGGUGUCCGUGUCCACCUGGCCGAGACGAUGCUGCUGCAGGCUCAGCACCUGCUGUCCCGCAGCUACAGUUUCCGCAGCGUUGUCAUGAUGCAUCGUGCGAUCCAUCAGGCGGCGCAGUGCAUCGAGCACGACGCGCGGCUGCGCUCGGCAUGGAAGGUCGUGGGCGAUGCAUGCUUUGCUCUCUCGCGCAUCGACAUGCCUGAUGCGCAUCCGCGCGAACAUGCGGUGCAGCGCCUCAUCGUUCUGCUUGACCAACUGGCCGUGGACCAUCGCAUGCCGACCGUGCGAGUCGUGCAGUCGGCGCUGCUGUCGCAGCUCACAAAUGGCGUCUUGGAGCCUACUGUGUACGUCGAAUGCGCGGUGCUGGUGUUCAAGUACAUGGCGUAUUUGUGUGCUAACGAUGAGCAUGGCUGCGUGCUCGCGUGGGCCGAUCUCGCUACGUCGCUGUGUCGCAUGGCAUUGAUGCUGCGCGCCUCGAACAUGUCCGACGAGCCGGACGAGCGUGCGGAACAGGCACGCCGCGAGGCGAUCCAGUGCACCAAGGUGGCCAUGAAGCUGCGUCCUAUGGCACGCCUCUGGCUGUUGCUGGGCCACCUGCACUUUGCGCACAGCCCCAUGUAUGCUCAGCACGCCUACAUCAAAGCGCUCGAUAUCAACAAGGAGAGUCCGGUGGCAUGGACCAAUCUGGGCUUCCUGUACCUGAGUGUGGGUGACGCCAGCCUGGCCGAAAACGCGUUUGCACAGGCGCAGCGCAUCGCACCGAUGCUGCCCACUGCCUGGUUCGGCGCGGCCCUAUUACACAAGACGUACACGCACAGUCCCAAGAUGUAUGUCCGCCUGUUCGAGCAGGCGUGCUUGCUGUCGGACUGCUCGCUGUUGGAGGCCGACUAUGGCCUUGCCGAGGCCGUAUGGACGUCGUCUAAGCGGCCGCCCUGCACGCCCGUAUCGCCGAUCCUGGCGCGUGGACCGAUGAUUGCGCUGCACACGUACAUGGCGAACCGCCCGCAUGACGAUACCGCGCUGCAUCUGUGUGCCUUGCUGGCCGAGCAGCUGGGCUACACGACUCUCAUGGCCCGCAAAAUGGAGCGUGCGUUCACGCUGGUCGAAGGCAAGUUCAGCGAGACUGAGUCGGCGCAGCACACACUGCGCUUUGGCAUUAUCAACAUGAAUCUGGGACGCAUGCGUCUCGCGAGUCUCGAUGCACAGGGCGCCAUGGACCAUCUCGAGCUGGCGCUGGCGUUGCUCGAAGAUUUGGGAGAUGCGCCGCCCAUGCCGUCCGUGCGUGUCUGGUGCCACAUUGGCGUGGCGUGUGCGCAGUGCUUGAUGGGCGACUAUGAGGAGGGCAUGGCCGGUCUGCGGGCUGUUACCCAGUCCCUUGCUCUGUCCCUCUUGCCUGACGACCAAGUGCCGCGGAUCCACGGCUGCGUUGGCGUGCUGCUCGCGCGCUUCGGCUGGCACGCUGGCUUGUCUGUCUCUGAUCUCGCUGCGGACCUGGAUCAGGCCCUGUCCGUGGCACCCCAUGACCCGCUUCUUAUUACGACUCGUGCGGCCCUCGAAGCCGUGCAUGGCCGCGUGAUGGAAUACAAUGGCGUGCUGGGCAAGUACGUCACGGCUCUACCACCGCAUGAACAGCUCACGCUGCGCAACACGCCGCAGACGGCGAUGCUGAGCAUGAUGCAUCUCGCUGCUUCCUUUGACUUGCCGACUGUCCUGCAGCAUCUCGCACGGACGUAUACACGCCCCGAUAAUACCACAACGCUGCUCGUGAUGGUCGCACAUAUGCACCUGCGCCUCGCAGCAGGCUGUCGGCAGAAUGGCACGCCCAUCCCACGUCUUCCGAUCGAGAGCGCCCACGGCGAAGAGCAGACGGACAGCGGUACCUUGCUGGAUGUGGCACGCCACGUGCAGCAGAUCGUCAGGGCCCGCGCUGUGGACGAAGGCGCCGAACACUGGGCCACGAUCCAGUGGAUCCUCGCCCUCGCCGAAUACCUCACAGACGCAUCAACGCCAUCCUGCGUACCUCAUGCCGCCAAGGCCGUGCACCUCGCCCCUUGGGACACACAUACGUGGCAGGCGCUCGAGACGGUGUCACCACGUGCUUAG